AAAUAGCAGGUUUUUGUCGUUUACGUAACGGCAAUAUCACUGACGGCGUUAUUCGUCUUGUCUAUAAAUCUUUUCAUCGUUGAUUGAAUGAAGUUUUGCUUUUCAAAAAAAAUCAUAACAAUAGAAAAAAGAACUCAUGACUAACGGCAAGAAAAAUGGGUUUUCAACGGCGGUUAAAGAACUGGAAACACUCUGCAAGAACUGGGUUGAACAACCGCCGUUAGUGGUUGAGGCAGCCGUCGUCACCAUCGUUAACGGCGUCCAAGGAGCCCUCAUUAGAAAGAUUUUCGAUACCAUUGGUUUUCGCAUCGCCUCAGCUUACUCCGUUACUCCAUCACAACUCAAGCCACCACAUUGGAUCAAUGCACGUAACACGGGUGUUUUAAUUGGAGCUAAAAUGGGUAUAAAAUGUGUGAUGAAAAAAGUACGAGGAAAAGAAGAUUCUCAAACUAGGAUGAUUGCGGGGUUUGGUGCCGGGGUGUUGUUCUCGUUGGUUUGUGGUGAUCCACCGGCUGUUGUGAUCAUGUCUGGUGUUAUGUUUGCGCUUGUGGGAGAGGGAUAUUUUAAGGUGAAGGAGAAAUUGACAGCAAGAAAUUGAAGGAGGUGAAGAAAGGAAAGAUAAGGAUGGAGAUGUGGUUUUUGUCAUCUGGAAAAAAAAAGUUUUAUUGAUUUCUGAUUUAGUAUGUUUUAAGGUUAAGUAAGUAUUUCAUUUUGGAUUGUUAUGAAUCUUUAUGCAAUUGGUAUGGUUAUAUGAUUUUGAGACAAAAUCUAAAUUUGUGGGUUUCA